CGCUGAUGAUCAGUGUGCCCUAAUGAUCAGUGUAGCCCCAUCAGUGCCACCCCUCAGUGCCCAUCAAUGCCACCUGUCAGUGCCCAUCAAUGCCACCUGCCAGUGCCCAUCAAUGCCACAUGUCAGUGCCCAUCUGAGCUGCCUUUCAGUGCCACCUAUCAGUGCCCGUCAGUGCUGCCAAUCAAUGCCACCUAACAGUGCCAGUCAGUGCUGCCUAUCAGUGCCACCUAACAGUGCCAGUCAGUGCUGCCUAUCAAUGCCAUAUAUGAGUGUUGCCUUUCAGUGCCCAACAGUGAUGCCUAUCAGUGCCACUUACCAGUGCAUCCUAUCAGUGCCCAUCACUGCAACCUCAUUAGUGCACAUCAGUGAAGGAGAAAAAUCACUUAUUUACAAAAUUGUAUAA